AUGUCGAUCAAGAAGAGAAAGAGCGUCAGCUUCCUUGAGCUGGACUCAACCGGUAAAAAGAUCCCUGGAAGCGAUCACGAUGAACGGACUGAACCACCAUCCGCAAAGCGGCCAAAAACCAACCAAACAGCCAAUACCCAGGCCCCUCAACGGCCUCAACAUCGUGAACACCCUCAACACCCCAACCCCAAACCCAACCCCAUCACCCAAACCCUCCUCUCCAUCUACUACCCCCAAACCCUCACUCUCCGGCAAUACGCCCUCUCCAAACUGCCCAAGUCCUCCAGGAUCCGUCGAAAAAAGAUCAGCCAAGUCGGCCUAUCUUCUUCUUCCCCUGUCUCUGCCUCUGCCCCUACCCCAGGCUCAGUUCCGGAGAAUCCCUCCGGUGCUGCCCAUCAGCGUCAGCGUCAGCGUCAGCACCAGCAAGAGCUAGAGCAAGCCCUCGGCCAUCUGCUAGACACGACCCUAGUCUGCUGCUCUCACGAUGAUUUUUUUUCGCUUCAGAAAAAAGAAAAGAAAGAGGAGAAAUCAAAAGAUUAUCGCUGGGAACAAUGGGUUUCUUUUUCUCAGGGUGGAGGAGCCGGUGGCGGAGGCGGAAAUAAGGGUGAUGAAAGUCACGUUACGCUGUCUGAUGGGUUGAGGGGCGCGUUGUUUUCGCAGGGGGAUAUUGUUGAUUUUGUGGUUUGGUUGUUAUUUUCUAGAUCGAGUGCGAGAUUACGGGAGAAGAGCGUGACUGGGAAUGGAGGAGGAAAAGGGUGGCCGAGGCAUUUGCUGUGUGAUGGGUUCCGGAAGGGUGUUCCUCCGCAGGGUCGAUCGGGUGAAGUUGGAGGAGGACAUCAUCAAAUUCCUGGUGUUUACGCGGUUCAUCCAAACAACUGCGUGCGAACGCUGAAAGAAACACCUUGGCCGCAGUUUCUCUUGCUGCUGGGAAAAGAGGGGGAGAGGAUCAUGUUGGAUUUACUGCUUGACUGUGCAGUGUUCGUUGCUGUGAAGGAGGGGAAGGGGAAUCUGGUUCAGGUGAGCGGUAUUCCUGUGUCGGAAUUGCAGCCUUGGACAACGACAGAUUCUGGCAGGAAAGACCCGAAAGGCAAUACAGGUGGUGAGAACAAGGAACUGAGCCCUUCCGAAAUCACCUUUGCCAGAAAUCGGAUGUUGUACGCCAGAGCGGCGCUCAAUGCGAGGGGCUUGGUUCAUUUUGGACUGAGGCAUAUUCGUAGGUCACAAUGCAGCCAGUUGAGAAUUUCAGCCCGCUCCUCGAAGUCAUCAUCUCAAAAGAGCCGCAAAAGGACACUUCAACCACCAUCUACUGCCCAGGUCAUCAGCAAGUCCGAGUCCGAGUCCGACAAUUCCCAGUCUCACUCCCAGUCUCACUCCCUUCUGGACCUAGCAACGCCCAUCGCGAGCAUAUCAGCCUUUUGUCAAGCAGUUCUCUCAAAAAUCAUCCCCAACGAGUUCUGGGGUCCCUCACCCUCAUCCUCAUCCUCAUCCUCAAACCCAGACUCCUCGGAAACCCCCAAUAUCCAAUCCCACAACAACAAACACCACUUCCUCAAACAAAUCGACACCUUCAUCCGCCUCCGCCGCUUCGAGUCCAUGACCCUCCACCAAGUCAUCCAAAACCUCCACAUUUCUUCCAUGUCCUGGCUCGCCCCCCCAUCUACCAAUCAAAAUCCGUCAUCACAUUCACGGCAGAAAUGCUCCCAGACCGACCUGGCAAAGAGAAAAGAAAUCCUCCUCGAGUUUCUGUAUUACAUCUUCGACUCCCUCCUCAUCCCCCUUCUCCGGUCAAACUUUUACAUCACAGAAAGUUCAGCCCAUCGCUACCGCUUGUUCUUUUUUCGGCAUGAUGUCUGGUUAUCACUUACCAAACCGGCUAUGACUUCUUUGAAAAUGAAGAUGUUUGAGGAACUUAAAGGGGGUGAGGCGGUGAGGUUGUUGGAGGGGAGGAAGUUGGGGUAUUCGCAGGUUAGGCUUUUGCCGAAGGGUGGGGGAGGGGGUUUGAGGCCGAUUAUGAAUCUGAGGAGGAGGGUUUUGCUUACCGGCAGAGGGUUUGGUGGUGGUGGUAAAGGGGCUGGGGGGAGAGUGAUAGGGGGAGGGAAGCAGAUGCGAAUGCAGAUGUUGGGGCCGAGUAUCAACUCUGUCCUUGGGCCGGUGAGCUCGAUGUUAAAGUUCGAAAAGAGGGAGCGGCCGGAAAGGUUGGGAGGGGGGAUGUUUGCUGUGGGGGAUAUUUAUGGGAGGGUUAAGGGGUUUAGGGCGAGGUUUUUUCCGAAGGAUGAGGGGAAGGGAAACGAAAAGGGGAAGGCGAAAGGAAAGAAGAAGCAAAAGUUCUAUCUCGUCAAAGUGGACGUGCAAGCGGCGUUCGACACCAUUCCGCAGCAGGCAAUGGUUGAGCUACUAGAGAAAAUCCCGGGACAUGCAGUAUACAAAGAGUCGAAGCAUGUGGAGGUUAGUCUUCCGUUGGAUUACGAGCAUAACUCAGCCAACAACACCAGCGUCAGCGGCAACAACACCACUGGCGACACGAAAAACAAAAACAACAAGAACAACAAACCAAAACCGACCAAAAGAUGGCACUCAACAACCACACCCUACUCUCCUCUCCCUUCUACCACCUCUACCGCCUCCAACUCACCGUCAACUUCCAUCCUCCCCCAGCCCAAUCUAGCACAAGGGAAAAAGCAAACCCUCUUCAUUCCCUCCCAAUCCUCCACAAAACUGCACACCUCUUCCUCCCUUCUGUCUCUAGCAAAGGAACACAUCACGCAGAACCUCGUCAAGAUCGGCAAGAAGUAUUACAGGCAGAAGACGGGGAUUCCGCAGGGUUCUGUUCUUUCUAGCACUUUGUGCAAUUAUUUCUACGCUGAUCUGGAGCGGUCAGAGGGGUUGGCUUUCCUCAACCUCGACUCCGGAUCUGAAAACGAGAGGGAGGAUGGACAAGAGGAUGGACAAGAGGAUGGACCAGAGGGGGAGGCAGCAGGGGAAAGCGGAGGAAAGAGAGAGAGAGGCGUGAGUAAAGACGGCUCAACCCUACUAAUGCGUCUCAUCGACGAUUUCCUCCUCAUCACCACGUCCCGUUCCAAAGCCCGUCGGUUCGUCGAAGUGAUGCAUCGGGGGUUUUCGGAGUAUGGCGUCAGUAUUUCUCCUCACAAAUCUCUGGUCAACUUUGACGUUGCUGUUGACGGCUGUCCGGUGCCGAAGUUGAAAGGGAGCCUCACGACGAAGUUCCCGUAUUGCGGGUUGCAAAUCGACACCCGAACACUGGAAAUCUGCAAGACCGGAGCCGGUACAGGUCAUGAAGCGGAUGCGAACGAUAAGAAAGACCCAAUAAUCUUCAACGGAAUAACGGUCGAGUAUUCCAAAAACCAGGGACGGAACUUUAAGCGGAAGGUUCUCAAUACAAUCAAAUCCCUAAUUGACCUCUCCUACCGCCUCCUAACAAGCAAGUCCCGCAAAGAGAGAUAUCCAGGCUACCAAUGCACUGUGGCUAAGGGCCAGGUGGCGUGGUUAGCUAUGGUUGCUUGUCGACAGGUUUUGGUCAGGAAACAAGCUGGGUAUAAGGGGGUUAUUGGGUGGUUGGAGAGAGAGAUAGGGGAGUUGACGAAGGGGAACAGGAAGAUGGAUACGAGGGUUUUGGUGAAGGUUGCUAGGGAGGUUGGUGUUCGGUGUUAG